GGUCGCACACCUCCCGGAGCCGGCGGCUCCAUGGCCAAGCGGCGUGGGGAGCCCUUAGUGUGUCACGUGCCCGUCAAACGGCCUCUGCGCGAGCCGCCGCUGUCCCGCGCUCCUGCGCCCGAGCGGCGCCCUAGGGCCGAAGGGGCGGGCGCCGGCCCUGCCGCCCCGAAGCGGAAGCUGGAGGAGGCUGAGGCGCCGCCGGGCAAGCGGCCCGCGCUGCGCGGGUGCAGCCCUCGCGGCGAGCAGGGGGACGUGGGGGGCAGGCGGCGGCGGCGCGGCGCGGCUACGGUGCACCAGGACCUGCGGACGGAGGAGGGACGCGCAUUAGGCGAGGGCAAAGAGCACUCCGCCAUCGCUGAGCCAGAAGAAUUCUGUCAGUAUAACUCAUUCCUCUAUUGGAGAACACCAUUGCCUGCUAUUGAUUUGUCUGAUAUUCAGAACAUAGAUGGAGAGACUCCGUCAGAAACUAAAACCCCUCCCAAGACUGAUACCAUGGAGACUGAAAUGGAAACCUGAUCAGUUGUUUCAUGGUUGUACAUCUACUCACAGGAAACUUGUUUCCAUUUGGAUUCAGGGUUUUUUUUGCUUGGAAGAAAACUAAGCAUGUUUCUGCCUUCUUGAAGAAACAACAUUAUGUCAGUCUGCAAAAGGAAGUGUGAGUUACCUAAGUGGAUGGGAUAAUUACUGUUGGGUACUUAAUAGUAAGCUGUCUAGAGGUGUAUAGUUCAGGCUGUGAUGUCUGGCAAGAAUGCUUGAAAACAUGGAGGCAGGCUAAAAGAAGACUACAGAAAAUAAGGGGUUUGGGAUGCAGUUAAAAGAAAUAGGUAUGUCACAUGCUAAAAUGAAGUGGAAGAUCAUUUUGCCUCUCCUGAACAAACAGAUGUAACUGUGGUACCCAAAAGUGAAACUUUAUCAUGUGAAAUAAAGCACACAAACUAGUGAUUAGUGUAGAGAUUUCUAAUGUUGUUUUUCUGGUUGCUUUUAUUACAUGUGUGAUAGCUAAACCAAAAAAUUAAGAGCCUACCAAAACUAGACGGAACAUUCCCUUUUCUAUGCAAACCAAAACCAAGUGUGGAAGAGAGGAGGGAAAAAAAUGGGGAUCUUUUCUUCUGUAAGCUGCCACUGUUCUGAAAUUUUUUCAUACUUUCCUUGUGAAAAAGUUUUUUCACCUUCCCCUGUUCAGAUUGCCUGAAGCAGAAGGCAGACAGCUUUUAGGUUUUUGGUUCAUUCUCAAGUUAAUGCUAUUCUUAUUUGUUAUAAUGUUAGCUCUGAACCAGCCGGUAGCAUCAAAAUGGCAGGUGUGCAUGUCAACAAAAGUUAAUACAAUAUAAAAUUACAACAUGAGACUUUUCAGACUUAAGUGACUGAGGUGUAGUUUUUGCAGACUGUGGAUCUUGCAAAAAAUUUUUACAGAAGUUCACUGAAUUAGUGGGUUUUUUUGCUGUGAAAUAAUAAAUUUAAUGUUUGUCUCCUGUAAUUUAUGUACUAGUUGAAGUACAUUUAGAAAUACUUUAAUAAUAGACUUAAGUUGUAUGAGUCAGGCUUUGCAAAUGUGAUUUGUCUUUAAGGAUAGAAAACACUGUAUUUUUUUCUGGAGUUACUGAAGAAGGCAACUUGUGAACUUUAUUUUUUUUAAAUAAUGUAUUUUUAAUGAUGCUAAAAGAAAAUAAAGUUUUGUCUGUGUGUAUUUGAAAACUUUGGGAAUAUUACUGUCUGAAGUUCCUGAUUUUAUAUCUUAAGAUUGUUGCUUCUGUAACAUUGUCAUUUUGUUUGGUCUUUUUGCUUAAAACAGCUUGUCAGCCUUCUUAGUAAACAUUUGGAAAUUUUUUUUCAGUA